AGGGAAGUGUUGUAUCUCCUCUUGGCUCCCAGCCUGCAGUUGCCAGUUCUUCUGGAAGCAGGCCCGGCCAGUCAGCUGCGAUGAGCCACUAGUUCUCGGUAGGACAAGCGUGACAUGUUCACAGAGAGGAAGGCUGUAAACAGUCUUCAAGGCCAAGUAGGUUUGAAGGAAUUCUAAUUGUUGAGAUUAUGGUUCUUUGAAGGCUCACUUAGCCCACCUUUUGGAUGAAGGAAAGAAGAAGACAAGGUCCUCUAAGAAGAGUAAAAAGCACCCUUUAAAUCGGCAUUCAGAAAUGUUUGCUGAUGCCAUGCCAUUACUGAGUAAUCAGCAGAAGUGUGUUGGAAAAACACCCAUCAGUGACUUCACAAAAAAGCCACAGUCAGACAGACAAUCUACAGCUUUUCCAGAGGCAUGGGGAAAUGUAGAUGCAAGUUCAGCUGAGAAAGUCAGAGGCCUGCCUGAUGUAGUUGGUAAAACUAAGGAAACAGGCAGCAGUACAUGGAAGAACGUAGCAGAACGACGGCAAAAGCGUCACGAUGGAGCAGUGAUGGAAAUGCAGCAGGAGCUGGACUGCAUUGGCAGGGAGAUGGAAGCCUCUGUUUUGAAUCUUCAAGAAUUCCUUCAGCUUGAAGUGAUGAAAUCAGAUGAAAAGAGUAAACUUCUGUUUGAAAAGAUUGCGUCUGACAUGGCUUUGGAAAGCUUCUCAUUUGAAGGUUUGGAAGAACUCUGGAAUAUGAUCCACGAGGAGUCCUCAAACAGAAGGAAGUGGAUUAGGACAAUGGACGAAUCCCUGAAGGAGAUUGAAAGGAGUCGAGCCAUGAAAAUAACAGAUGUACUCACCAAGUAUACCAUGAAACUGGAGGAAAUUUCGUUCUUCUUGGCAGCUGAUGUUCACAAGCUCAUUAACGAUAAGGCCAUGAAUAUAAACAGAGCACUGCUGGGUAAUGAGAGGGCAACUGCCAAGCUGCUCUUUAAUCUAAUGAAAUCAGAGCUAGAGAAAGAAAAAUUGCAUCAACUGAAAUGGCAAGAGAGAGUCAAGGACUGGAAGCUCAUCCAAAAGAAUUGCGUAGCUCAGAGCUUCAGAGAAUUUAUGGCAAGUGAAGAAAUACAUAAUCCCCCAGCUGUGAAAAUGGAAAUGGAAAAUAUGAUAAAGGAGCAAAUUGUCCUUAGUGAACAGAGACUGAGGAUUUUGCAGCACAUUGGCGCCUUGUUGCCUCCAACAUAUACAAAAUCUGACAUAAAUGAAUGGUACAGAACUCUGGAGAAUUUAAACAAAAGUAUAGACACCCAUAAUGCAGAGUGCCUGGAGAAAAUGCGUGUCCAGUACGAGCUGGUCCAGGGCAAAUGUCAGGAAAAAGUACAGUCCUGCAAGAUGACCCUGUUGGAUAAGAACAUUUGCCCAGUAGAAGGUGUUGAAGUUGUACAUUCCAACAUGCUUCAGAUGACUGAGAAACUAAAACACAGGUUUGAAGAAGAACUGGAGCACAUGGAUAGUGAUUUUAAGGAGAUGGCUAAAUGGCAUGAGCAGCAUUGUCAAGGCUUGUACGGCUGUGUUCAGGAGGCCAUGGAUCUCUGGGAUGUCCAUCUACUGAAACUGUCCCAGAAGGAAGAUGUACUUCAGGAAAAAGUAGAUAAAUACAGAUUUGAACAGGAUAGCAUAAUACAGGUGAUGAAAGAUGAUCUGGGUACAAUUUUGGAAAAAAUGAAAAUGGCGAGCUGUGAAGAAGAGCUGAAGGAAUAUUUGGAGAACGCCCUUUCUUCUUUAGAUCAAAUUAGAGCUAGGAAUGAGGCAUUCAAGCAGAUUGUCAUGAAUGAAGUAAUGGCUUAUCCAAAAGCUAUUUUGUGGGAGUUGAUUUCUUACAGUAUAUCCAUCAGCCAGCAUUUUAGUGUGAAGGAAAUCUUCAAACAGAACUUGCAAGGCACAACAGACUCCACAGGUCAAGAUCAAAAUAAUAUCCCAACAGUCCAAACAGGGCUUGAGGCAAGGACAUCCCAGCCCAGAGCAGAGCAGGACGAUCACCUCUCUCAACUGGUGCCAGAAGAUAGGGACAGUUGUCAAAAAUCAGCUGGAGAAACAAAGCUAACAGAGAAACAGGUGAUCUUGGCACAGGAAAUUGAAGGAACAGAGGAAGAAGAAGAUGAGGAGAGUAUUCCUCAUAAAAGUGAAGAAAAUGAGCAUGCAGAACAGGGACUAAGCAUUACACAGUCAGUGUCCAAGAGCAGCGAGGCAGAAAGUGCUGAAAUUGCCACAGAGGUUUUUUCCACUGCUAGUGGAAACAUUUACACUGUUGAAGAGGCAGGAAAGACUGACAUCACAGAGAGUUAUUUUACAAAAUAUGAAAAAGAAGAAUCACUUCCUAUGCACCUGAAAUAUGUACUUCUCACAGAAGCCGUAUUUGUUGAACUGAAAAAAAGGAUUCGCCUCUGCUUUUUUGAACACUUGGAGGACUGGUUUGCAGAAUCCUUGUCCAACUCCUAUGUCUUUGUAGCUGCCAAGAAAGAAGAGCUGAAUUCAAUACUUAUGCUGCAUCUUAAGUUGCAUCAACAAAAGCAGGAGGAAAUACAGACAAAUAUCUACAAUGUUCGAGCUGCGGAGCUAUCACUUCACAAAGAGCACCUUGAGUGCCACUGUGCAGUGCUGGCAGAAGGCCUGGAAAAGGAGAAAGCUGAAUUCCUCCGCUUCUCGGACCAGCUAAAUAACCUCAACACAAACUUUCAUUCCCGAGUCCGUGACUUGGAGUAUGACUUGCUCCACGCUCCUGUGACUGAGCAGUCAGCUUCUUCCAGCAGUAAUCUGGAAUCAGAGCUCCGCAACCAUCUGGAAUCGAUCAGUGUUACUGUGAGAAGUUACCAGCAGCACUUGGAGGAAGCUUUAGGAAAAUUAAGGGAUUCAAAUGUGGGUUUUCUCAAAAGUUGCAGAUUAUUUUCAGAGAGUGGUGACUUUGCAUCUGAGGAGGUAAAGUUUUUUAACGAGUGUCUUCAGAAAGAAACUAAGCAAAUUGACUCCUUUGAAAGAGCAAUCAAGAUAGAUGUGGAGAAAAUAAAAUUAAGCUGCUUGCAGCAGGCUACUGAACUUUUCAAGCAGUCUGGAAAAAAGUUUGAUUCCCUGUCUCGGAGUCGAGCCUUUAUGGAGAAGGUCCAUCAAUAUUUGAGAAAGCUACGACAGCAAAUCAAAUCAGAGGUAGCGAAUUCUAAUUUGCAGUCAGUCACAUUAAAGUCUUACCUGGAAAAGCUCCAGCAGAAGAGAGAUGCUUAUGUUCAUUCUACUGCAGAUAAAGAAGUAACUUCUAAUCAGCAUGACAUGGCUUUAACUUCUGAAGAGUUGUAUGCUUUUGCCAGAGAGGUGUUGGAAGAGCUGAAAAAGAGGAGCAAGUAUCUUGACUGCUUUGUAGUAAAAUCAAAGAUCCCACGUGCCACCGAGGCCUUCACCACUCCUGACACAGGUGGGACAUUGCAAGAGGACUUCACCACUCCUGACACAAAUGGGAGGUUACAGGAUUUCAUUGCUCCUGCUGUUCCAAAAGAGAGUCUCAGAGAUGGGAGCAAAAGGAUGGUGAUGGGACUGGAUUCUGACAAAUUCCCUUUGUUAAAUCCAAGCGGAAUGGAUACAUCAAUAUUUGAUGAUUUGGCAAUAAAAGUUAUUGAAAAUUUAGCUGGAUUUGACCCAUCAAAAAAAUACCAAGACUUAUAUUGGAAGAAAAAGAAUCCAGUUCUUCCCCCAGUAAAAAAGAAGGUAUCUGAUGCACAUUCUCAGAAGUCUACUAGCAAGAGGUCAUCUCAGGAUGAAACCAAGCAAAAAAAAAGUGAAAAAGGCAGACAAUCUCUUACCAAGGACGAGAGAUCCCAGAUAUUUGGAAAGAAGGCUACAAAGUCUGAUACUUUUAAGGGGAUUAUUAUGAAUAUUCUCUGGAAUGGUAACAACACCUUGCUCUGCCUUGGUGAGGAGUUCUAUGGAGAAAAGAAGAAUCCUCAUAUGGGAAUGCUUGAAGAUCUGCCAGACACAUUUGAACACUGUGCAGAAAUGCUCAGAGUGAAACUCCUGUCAUACCAAAGGCAGACAGAUGAUUACUACAAUUUCUGUCUUAGAGAAUUUCGGGAUCAGCUGAAGUGGUUUGAGGAGGAGCUCUCUUCUGUUUCUCAACUGGUCGUGGAAAGUCUUUUAAAAGAACAUGAGCAGAAGCUCAGCUCUUUUACUGGUCAUAUUCAGCAUCUCUUCAACAGGCAGCUGAAAGACUGGGGGGAUGUGAAGACUGUGCACUGGAGAAAAUUACAUUACUCCCUAGGACACCCAAAUAACUCCCUUCAGCUGGAGGUUUUGUGCCAAGAGGAAAUAAAAAGGCAAAAAGAUCAAACUGAUGGUGUUCACCUCAACACAAAGAUGCUGCAGGAUUGUGCUGCUGAGUGUGCUCAGAGCUUUUUUUCUGCACUGGCUGCCCUCACUGAAAAGCUCCUCUUGGAACUAGAUGAAACCAUCACUGUUGAUGAUGUAAAAGAAGCAGGAACUGAAAUACCUAGAGAGAAGAUGCCAACUUUAAUGUGUCGUAAAAAAACUGAACUUCCUCUAGGAACCUCCAAAGUUCAACAGUUAGUCAAACGAGGAAGGAGGACUUGGCCAGGAAUACCCAGGACUACUGUUCCCGACACUCCAGAGUAUAUUCUCUGCAGAGGAACUGCAUCAGUUUCAACAGCUAAGACUACCCUGGGCCAUCUGGCAGUGGUGGAUGCAAGACAGGCUGCAUAUAAGAAAUACAAAAGUAAAGUUGAACAGAUGUUUGCCCAGAUCAAGGAAGAAAGUGCAGCUCAGCUGCUGGCAAUUCAGCGUUGGAGUGAUUGGUGGGAAGAAUCUGUCCUGAAGAUAAAGCGACUCUACGUCUGAGAUCAGUCAAAUUUUGCUGAGCUUUGUUGGUGUAAAUUGACAAAUUUGUAUGAAUGUCACUGAUUUUUUUUCUUUUAUCUUAUUCAUCUCUUGCAUUGAAAGAAGCUACAUUUUGCCUUUUUCUUUGUUUUGCCAUGUUACCACUCAUUUCCUCAUGUGCAGUCUUAGUAUUACUACUAUACUCAUCUUUACAUAACCACCUGGUUUGGCUUACAGUAUCAUCUGUUACCAUUCACAUGUGUUUGUGCACAUGAGCCCUCUGUGCAAGGGCACUUAAUGCAUAUUUAUUAGCAGAGGUUACAGGAUUUUGUUGCAAUUUUGCCCCUGAGAGCUGGUUUGGUCUGAAAACUCCCCAAGGCGUGAAAGAGAACUAUCCCUAACAAACACUCUUUUGUCAAGGCCUCUGUGCCCAAGCACCUCUGCACAGAGAUCUCUGAUUGGAGAUGGUCAGCCUGGAAAAGAUACACAUUUUAUGUUGUCUUGGUUCAACAAGCUUUGACUUGCCUACCCUUCCCUUUCCUUGCCUCUCCUCUCCUACCUUGUGUUGCCUACCCUUGCCUAUCACUUUUUUUCAUCGCCAUGCCUUGCCUGCCCCUCCCUUGCCUUGCCUUGCCUUACCUGUCCAUCUCUUGCCUUCCCUUCCCAUCCUUUGCCUUGCCCCUCUGUUACCCCUUACUUUCCUUGCCAUGCUUUGCUCCUCCCUUGCCCCACUCCUUCCCUUUUCCCCUUCCCUGCCUUGUAUUGACUCACCCUUCCUAUGCCUGGCCUUGCCUUGAUUUACCUUGCCCCUCUGACUUACCCCUCCUUGCCUUUCCCUGCCUCCAUCUUGCCCCUCCCUUGCCUUGCCCCUCUUGUGUUUUCUCACCUUGCCUCUCCACUCUGUUGCCUUUCUUUUCCUUGCUCAUCCCUUGUUUUGCAUUUGUUUUCCUUCCUUUGCCCAUCCCUUAGCUUGCCCUUCCCUUGCCUUGCUGAUCCUUGCCCCCCCAUGACCCCACUUGCAUUGCCUACCUUUGCCCAUCCCAUGCUCCACUCUUGCCUUACUCCACUCUUUCCUUUCCCUUGUCUUUCCUUGCCCCUUCUUUGCCUUUCCACUCCCUUGCCUUGCCUACCCCUCCAUUGCCCUUUCUUACCGACCUCUCCCUAGCCUUGCUGUCAUUUUCCUUUCAUUGCCCCUCCCUUGCCUUGCUUGGCAUCUCCCUUGACCCUUCUUUCCUCUCUACUGCCUUGCCUUCCUUCCCCCUCCACUGCCUUUUCCCUCUCUCAAUUACCCUGCCUUUGCUUUCCUUCCUUUGCCUAUCCCUUGCCUUGCUGACCUCCUCCCUUUACUUUCUUUGCCUUGCCUUAACUUGCUGUUGCAUUUCUCCUCCUUGCCUUUCGUUGCCCCUCUCUUGCCUGCCCUUGCCUUGUUUUGCCCCUCCGUUGCUUGGCUUUUCCUUCUCUUGCCUUACCUUGCCCCUCCGUAGCAUUGCCCCUCCCUGUCCUUCCCUUACCCCUUCUUUGCCUUAUCCCUUCUUGCCUUGCCUUUCCCUUGACUUGCCUUCUUUGCACUUGCUCCAUGUGGGUUUAGGUUUCUCAGUGAAUUUCUUCCCACUGUUACCAGGAAGAUCCUGGAAGGGGGAGGAGUUGGCUUUCUGGGUGAAUAUUCAGUGGUCAAGACACAAAAGGAAGUGGCCAAUGGUCCUGGCAUUCCAGUGGAGUAGUUUUGGGGUUGGGGAGUCUUGGCUGGUGGAUGGGCUCUUCCACUUGGGGAUCUUCAGGAGAUCUGACUUGGUGCCGUGAAAGGUCUGACCCGAGACUUGGCUGCAGGUGAGUCCUUCCUUUGGCUGGGGGAUCCAUAGCAAUUCUAUGGUGUGCUCUCUGGAGCCGGGCAGUCUCAACCUGGUCUCUUUCUGCACAGUAGCUCAGCACCCUGAAGGAGCCCUGCCUACCUCCCCCAACUUGUGUCUGCCGCUGUUGGCAAUGCCAAGACCCUGUGAGUUUGCAGGAGGAGCAACUUUCUUCCUUCCAUUCCUCCCUGUGCCGGCUGCGAGAGGAUCACUGCAGCUUUUGUCACCCCGGAGCUGCCAGCUCUCCUGCCGGCUGCGAGAGGAUCACUGCAGCUUUUGUCACCCCGGAGCUGCCAGCUCUCCUGCCGGCUGCGAUGGAGCCAUUGCAGCCUCUGCUUCCCAGAGUGUGCCAGCACCCUCUGUCGAGCGUAGUCGUAACUACACUAAAGGGAGAAAAACUAUUUAGCGGGUGGGAAGUUUCUGUUACUGUCUUGUUCUUUGUCUUGUUGGGCUUUGUUUCUAGUAAAAGACUGUUAUUCUUUCUACUGUA